GCGAUUGAGCUCGCAGGCAAAGGUGCCCGAAAGAGCCGAUCCGUUGACAUGCGAUUGAUCAGUCCAUAUAACGAGACUUCAGCGAUCGCUGUAUGUCAGGAGCCAAAGCGCCUGACCAUCACACACAAUGCUGGAGACAGUUACUCGAGUCUACGACAAAAAAGCCUCCACUGGCAUCUUGAAGCUUCGAGCCGAGAAUGUCAAGCGUGUUGGAGAUCUUGUGGUCUUGCCUGUUCUGGUCUCAGGACGUUCUGCCUUCGGCGCCGAGGUUUUCGGUGUUGACUGGAACGACCCUAUCCCUGAGGGAGUUGUCAAGCAGCUCAUCAAGCUGCAAGACAAAUAUGCAGUGCUUAUCUUCCGACAAACCGGGCUCGACAAUGCACGACACAUUGCUUUCUCCAGACAGCUCGGCGAGAAGCUCGAGAUCAACCCAUUCUUCUACGGUCGUGAGAACGAUCGAGUUGGUGAACCUCUACUGUUCGACGUUGGCAACAUCGAGCUUGAUGGAUCUCUUGUGAAGUCGCAGAGUCGCAGAUGGCAUCACAGUAUGGGCAAUGCUUUGUGGCAUACGGACUCGACCUAUCACCAACAAAGAUCAAAAUACUCGCUACUCCUCAGUCACGGCGAUGCCGUGACUGGUGGGUGCUACACGCACUUUGCAGACACACGCCAAGCUUACGCUGAUCUGCGUCAAGAUAUGAAGGACGAACUUGAGGAUCUCAUAAUCGAACACGAUCUCUGGCAUUCGCGUAAACUCGCAAGUCCCAUCAUUUACAGCAACCCGACGGAGCGCGAGAAAGCGUUGAAACCUCCAGCAUAUCAUCGACUUGUCCAGGUGGCACCGGAUGGUAGGAAGACUUUGUACCUUGCUGCACAUGCCAAGCGCAUUGUCGGACGCUCAUUCGAAAACAGCCAAAAGCUGAUUUGGCAAUUGAUCGAUCACUGCACUCAGCCGAAAUACGUCUUUAGUAUGGAGUGGCUAUCGGGAGGCGACAUGGUUUGGUGGGAUAAUAGGCAGUCUAUGCAUCGCUCUAACCCAUACACCGAGAGCAUGUCAGCCAGAGACGUCAGACGCUCUACGGUGAUUGAUGAUGGACCUCUAGCAUUUGGAGUCGAGAUCUGAAGUCGAUACCAUAUCCAGGGGCUCGCUCUUGGAGCUGUGUUGCAGUGACGGCCCCGCUUCUUCACAACCGUAGCUACGUAAAGAUGUACUGAAGACUAAGUAAUCGAAUCACCACCUCCUGACGUGCUAGAAUUCAACCGCUCAAGCUUCAAUAUGGGGGACAGCACGUAGAGGAGGUUCGUUCGAUGGUCGGACGGGCAUGCG